CAGGGCCUGCGACAGGCAGGGCCGACAGUCGGGGCCCAGUGUGCUGUCAGAGGUGUCACCUCCACUUCUUCACUGGUGAUGUCAUAGACAGCUGCAUUCCCAACACUCCAUCCUCUGCUGCUCCCGCUUCCUCCCUCCUUGCCUCCCUGAUGCCUCCCUCCCCCUUCUUCCCCCUGACAGGCUGAGUGUGGACAUAUUGGUAUUUGUGCACAAACUCCAGCUUACUGCCAGCUCUUUGAAGUCCAUCUAGAAGGAGGCCAUUUUGAUGGAGCACAGGACAAAAAAUUCUGCCUUCGAACUGUUCCUGUCAAUAAAUGACCUGCACUCCCCAACUUGACUUUAACCUUUCAGAUGGAGUGAAGAGAAACAGCCUUUUGGCCAGAAGCAACUGAAUACCAGGACAGUAGAGAGACUGCUCACAAGCAGGUGACAGGACCAUGGGCGACAUGCAGAACGGCAGCCUUCAUCAGGAAAGUCCUGUGAGAGCUGAAUUGCAUCUGUGUUCCCCCAGGAAGCUCACAGGAGAUACCUUGCAGGACGCCAAUCAAAGACAAGACUGCAAGCAGGAGCUGGAGAUGGAAAGUGAGAUGGAGGCAUCUUUUGCAAAGAGACAGGGAAUGGUAACUCCCUACAGGAUGAAAAUCUGGGAGUGCGAGGACAGUGGUAGAGGCCACAUCAGCAAGGUUAUCCUUGCUGGGGACAAGCCCAACCCACCCAUGUGUGGGAAUGGUGCCAUUUGGAUUCAACAGGUGGGAGAGAAAACCUAUGAGUGUCACGAAUGUGGGAAGAGCUUCAGCCGGAGUUCUUACCUGAGCCAACACCAGAGGAUCCACCUGGCAGAGAAACCCUUCAGCUGCUCCGAAUGUGGGAAGAGUUUCACCCGCAACUCGGACCUGAUCAAACAUCAGCGGAUCCACACUGGCGAGAAGCCCUACCAGUGCAACGAGUGUGAGAAGACCUUCAGCCAGAGGUCCAACGUGAUCAGGCACCAGCGGACCCACACAGGAGAGAGGCACUACCUGUGCAACGAGUGCGGGAAGAGCUUCAGCCAGAACUCACAUCUCAUCGUCCACCAGCGCAGCCACAAGGGUGAGAAACCCUUUAAUUGCCUCAGGUGUGAGAAAACCUUCAAUGACCGUUCCUCCCUGAUCAUACACUGGAGAGUCCACACGGGAGAGAAGCCCCACAAAUGCCAAGACUGCGGGAAGUGUUUCCGGGACAGCUCAGCCAUCAUUCGGCAUCAGAGGAUUCACACAGGAGAAAAACCAUACGAGUGCACUGAGUGUGGGAAAACCUUCCGGCAGAGCUCCUCACUGGUGACCCACACACGGACGCACACGGGCGAGAAGCCCUACAAGUGCCCUGUAUGUGGGAAGGGCUUCAGCCAGAGCUCAGCACUCACCGCUCAUCGCCGAAUCCACGGCGGAAAGGCCCUGCCCAUGUACCAUGGCAGCCUCCUGCCUAACCCCUACCAGUGCACCGAGUGCGGCCAGAGGUGCAGCGACCACUCCACCCUGGCCAAGCACCAGAGCACACAUGCCGAGGAGCGGCCCUUCAUCUGCGUGGAAUGCGGGGACAGCUUCCGGCGGAGCUCGGCUCUCAACGUCCACCUGCGGAUCCACCGUGGGGAGAGACCCUACAAGUGUGAGGAGUGCGGAAAAACGUUCAGGCACAGCUCCGCCCUCAGUGCCCACCUGAGGAUCCAUGCAGGAACCAAGCCCUGCGAGUGCAGUGAGUGCGGGGAAAGCUUCCAGAAAAGCUCAGCACUUAAAGUGCAUUUGAGAAUCCAUGCGGCCAAGACACCCUAUAGAAGUGUGGUGGGUAGAAGGGUGUUCCCUUUCUGCUCGCUUCUGCCAUAAGCCUGGAGUGGGUAUUCAGGAAACUAAAGUAGUGUUGGGGGUACCUUAAGAAGGUGGGUAAUGAGAACCACGGUGUGAAGAGACUGGAGACACGAUAUCUCUGCUGUUAGGGCUGGGUGCAAAACCCCAGUAUCACAAAAACCAUUAAGAGGUCUGGAAACAGGGAGUUAGUCCUAACAGCUGAGUGCUGGUGGUUUAGGAAGAGUGCCAGGAACGUGAGGAAUGAGCACCAGCCUCAGGGUAAAUCAGGGGCUGAGAAUAUGUGGUAGGAUAACAAGUGGGAGAACUGGGCUUGUAAAAUACAAAAGUGAAGAUAAUAACAAAAUGUUUCAGGUUGGUUCUGGCUCAAAACAUUAGCUUGUUAGACACUGUAGUAGUCUUAGGAACUAAACUCUCUUAUUUUUCAUGAAUUUAGUAAGUUUACCUUUGUUUGACAAGUUUACCCAUGUUUGACAAGGCAUUUUCAAAUCUUUUGAGUCUGAGACUUUGGAGCUGAACUUCAGUCUAUUUUGUCUUUUCCAAAUUUUACGUGGGACAAUGAGUUCCUACCUCACGAUAGGUAUGUCCCCAGAAAACGUGGAUGUAGAAGCGUUUCCAGUUGAAAAGCAGCCCAUUAAUAGUCUGUGACAGCUUCUCCCGGAUUUCUUGUUGCUGAUUUGAAACUCCUUUCAACUGGGACAUCAGUGAAACAUGGAAAAAAUGUGGCUUUAUUUUAUUUAACCAAAAAACAGGAUUUUUCCCCUAGAUGUCCUAGUCUGAAAUGUUAUGUAGUGAGUUCUUACUGCUGGUUCGGAGACUGAUUGCAGUUCUGUAGUCCUUUUUAUGCUACUC